AUCGUCGACUCUGAUCCGUCGGUAAUUGGGAUCUUGGCUCGAGAGUGAGCGCCAGAGGACAUUACCGUGCGCCUGCGCGCGCCAAAUACUGGCGUCAUCCGUUUACUUUCGAGUCGAUAACGACGUCAUGACGUAUCAGUGUGUAUAUACCCGCGAUAUCGGAGUCGAUGACAAUUACGUAUCGACUCAAUGACGUGUCCGGCGAAGAAAGACGCGGAAUCAGCGACCACGGUAGUUGACACUCGGCUCACGACGAACAGGCCGGGAAAGUCGCGCGUGAGAGUCGCGCCGGAGCGACGGAGAAGUGACGGGAUCUCGCGGCCUGAGGCUUCGCCGUGUCAGCGACAGACGGCUCCAAAGGCAUCGUCCGUUCGAAUGGCAGAAGUGCAUCGGCGACUGGUCACGUCGCCGCGCUCGCGCGACCAAUCGUCGCACGUCGGCGCGUACCACGUGAUCGUAAAAAUCGAAAUGGUGGACGUAUCGGGACGCAGGUUCCCGUGCGGAGACGAAGGACGAUAAACUGGGCAAGGGCCCGUCAUCCGUGCCGUCGGUAUCGUGCGUUAAUUAGCGCGGCGGAACGUGCUUUACGCGAGGCGCGGCAGUGAAAGAAUCGCCCGCGAUUUGGAGCGCGUCGCGGCCAGGCCGGUUGCGCGUGCGGAUCCGCGAGUGGUGUGUGCCGAUCGACGCGUGUUUACCGAAGUGUCAACCCGCCCGUAUUGUAACGUGCACGCGUGUCUCUCCGCCGUCCGCCUGGGCCGAGGAAGACGGAAUCGCGGUUACGUGGUGCGAGCUGAUCGUGAGAUUGGACAAAUCGAAUCACGGUUGUUGGUCUCUCACUCUCUCUCUCUCUCGCGCGCGCGACUUUCGGUGCACACGGGAGUAGGAGAGAGAACGGAAAGGAGAGAGGGAGAUAGAUAGACGGGCAGUCCGGAGGAGCGACAGAGAGAGGGAGAGAGAGAGAGAGAGAGAGAGAUCUCGAGAUCCGAGACUCUGGAAGCGGAUGCGAAAGGGAAGAGAGAGAUCGUCGGGCUCCGAGGACAGACGGCAGCCUUUUCACGCGGCGGGCUUCUGCCCGCAGCAGCAUGUCCGAGUGCACACGAAUCCGCUCGCUACCAGAGGAUGAUGCGUCGCUGCGUGAACCCCACGACCCUCGGAGAAGAUAGAACAUCUUUCUGAUUUAGAAAAAGCUUUGUGCAAUACAUGGAAAUGAUACACAGCCCCACAACUGUAAACUGUCGCAAUAAAUAUGCUGAAAUACUCAAGAGGCAUGAGAAUGUUUACAAUGCGCUGUGAAGACCUUGGAUUUUUGUCAGAACAAGGAAACUAAGUUACUGCCUGCCAACAAUAGCACACCCACACUUGUCAUCUGUUCAGUGAAUGUCGUGAUGAUAAUAAUUUAAUGGCUGUCAGGAAGAUUCUAACGGACAGUCCACCACAUUAAACGCAUGAUAUUCAAACUACAGGCUAUUCUAUAGCUGUAAAAAUACUCCUAACUCCUAAUGAACAAAUCAGGAACAAGGACCUAUGAAAUUGACUGAAUCUAUAAAUCUAAAAGGAGAGUAAAGAUAUAAUUCUAACGACUCUAUUUUACUACUCUAAUAAUUAUUAACCAAUGGUUGGAAUACUCUAUGAUAUUCUGUCAUAUGAAUUGUGCACUAUUCUAUAACGGACUUAAGAAGGACCUAGGAAUAAUUUGGAAGGGCUUUACAAUUUCUUAUUAAUAUGCUUUACGACCAGAGAAGAGAUAUACUUUUUAUUUUGUCACGCAGAUUUAUUUUUUAAAACUUUAAAUAAUAAAUAUAAUAACAAGGUUGAUUGACUAUUGAGACCUGACCAGCUGCGAGUGUAUUUUUGGCAAGAGCAAAUUGUACAAUAUAAAUUACAGCGGAUGCUAUAUAGUAUAACUGAUGCGUGUAAAUAAUCAUAAACACUGACAUCUUAUAUUAUAUCGCAAAUUUGUGAAACAAAAUGUAUAAUAAUUAUUUUAAACGCUUAAAUCAGUGGUUGUACAUAACGAGUAAGCAAGAAGCAGUAAGAGAGGUGACAUAUUUGAAAUACUGUAUAGAUGAUAGAGGACAUACUUGUUAACCCUCACAGAUACAAGGGUUAUAAAGAUGGACAACUGUGGGUCUGGAGUAGUGCAAGUAUUUGUGGGUGAAUGGAGCCCUGAAUAUGAGGCACUAUCCAUCAAAGCCACGAAGCAAACUUCAUCGGCCGAGAUAGUGGAAUGUAUUAUCGAAAGACUCGGAUUAGUUGACGCUUCUGUUUCGAAUGGCUAUGAGUUAGCGGAAGUAGUAGGAAAUUCUGUUGGACAGGAAUGCAAAGAAAGACGACUUGGUCCUACCGAGUGUCCCGUAGCGCUCAUGUUACUGUGGCCGAAAAAUGCCGCUCAACAGGAAUACUACAGGUUUUACUUACGAAAGAAGCAGCCGGACUAUUUGUGGUCCGACAGUAGAUUUCCUAUGGACCCUCAACUACUGAAGGACUAUUUCAACAGAUUCCUUUAUCAACCACGCGACAAAGAGUACCCGGAUCUGUGUCAGCUUCCAGAUCUGAACGAACAAACUCUCUUGGAUAACCUGAGAGCCAGGUUUCUGGCUGGCAACAUAUACACUUACGUUGGCAGCAUACUGAUUGCCUUGAAUCCGUUCAAAUUUUAUCCUAUUUACAAUCCGAAAUACGUGAAACUAUAUCAAAACAGAAGAUUAGGGCCAGACAUACCUCCGCAUAUAUUUGCCAUAGCUGAUGCAGCUUAUCAUUGUAUGCUGAAGGAGAAAAAGAAUCAGUGCAUCGUUAUUAGCGGCGAGAGUGGUUCCGGUAAAACGGAAUCGACGAACUUCUUGUUACAUCACUUGACAGCGCUCAGUCAGAAAGGUUCGCACGGCAGCGGAGUGGAACAGACGAUACUCAGCGCCGGUCCUGUCCUGGAAGCGUUCGGUAAUGCAAAAACCGCGCACAACAAUAACAGCAGUCGCUUCGGCAAGUUUAUCCAAGUAAACUACAAGGAAAAUGGAAUGGUCCAUGGCGCUGUGGUUCAGAAGUAUCUCCUGGAGAAAUCAAGGAUUGUCUCUCAGGGACGGAAUGAAAGAAAUUAUCACGUGUUUUACUACCUACUGGCUGGCGCGAGUGAGCAAGAAAAACAGCUGUUGCACUUGGAGAGCUGUGAUCGGUAUAAUUACUUAAAUAAAAGUGGUUGUUACGGACUGGAGAAUAUCGACGAGCGGCACGAAUUCUCGAGAUUGAAACAGUCCAUGGAGAUGGUGGGCUUCACGGCGGAGAAACAGAGGCGACUGUUUGCAGUUCUGUCGGCGGUCCUUCUGCUGGGUAAUGUCGAGUUUCACCCAAGAAAGUCGUAUCAUCAUCAUGACGAGGCUGUAGGCGUUAAGAAUCCAGAAGUAGUCGCUUUGAUAUCGGAACUUCUCAGAGUGAAGCAAGAAACUCUAUUGGCCGCACUUACCGCCAAACGUGCGAGAGCCUCUGGAGAGACUCUAGUUAUUAACUAUAGGCUUCCCGAAGCAAUCGCAGCACGUGACGCCAUGGCGAAGUGUCUGUACGGAGCUCUGUUCGAUUGGAUCGUCCUGCAGGUGAACCAUGCAUUGCUUUCUAAAAAGGACACCCUUAGGGAUCAUCAGGGCAAUAGUAUAGGUGUGUUAGAUAUAUUCGGCUUUGAGGAUUUCAAAACUUGCAACAGUUUCGAACAACUGUGCAUCAAUUAUGCGAACGAACAGCUGCAGCAUUAUUUCAAUCAACAUGUUUUCCAAUACGAGCAACGAGAGUAUCGCAAGCAGGGCAUCAGAUGGACAGACAUAGGAUAUAGUGACAAUUCUGGAUGUCUCAAUCUCAUCGAGGGAAAACCGAAUGGUCUCCUGUGUCUUCUCGAUGACCAGUGCAACUUUCCUGGCGCUACAAACGAGACGUUGCUGCAAAAAUUUAAUACUGUACAUAAAGAAAAUCCGUUCUACGAGGCGCCGCAACGCCGAGAAGCGGCGUUCGUGGUACGUCAUUAUGCCGGCUCGGUUAAGUACCAAGCCUCCAAUAUGCGAGAAAAGAAUCUAGACUUAAUGCGACCCGAUGGUGUAGUUGGAGUUCUGAAAAACUCUUCUCUCGCUUUCGUGCGAGAAUUAGUUGGAGCCGAUCCGGUUGCCGUAUUCAGAUGGGCCAUACUGCGAGCUUUCUUUCGCGCUCACUUUGCAUUUCAAGAAGCCGGUCGAGCGCACAGGCACGGCAGAGUUGACGGAAACAAGACGUCCGUACAAAAUAGAUACCGAACGCCCAACGAAAACUUGAUAAGUUCGCACAAACACACUCGCCCGCCGAGUUAUCAGAAGCAGCGCAGUGUAUGCUUAUCACCGACCGCUCCCUCCGCCACAUUACCUCCUAUACAAAUUGAAAACAACGACAAUAUAAACAACAAUCGCCUAUCGUGGCCACAGUUUAGAAACAUUAAUCAGACGCAACACCCGUCGAACGUUACAUCGGCGAAGGGUUACGUAAUACGGGGCAGGGAAGACCAACCCCAUAGUAAUAAUAAAUUCAGACGAGAUACUCACACACCGCUAGAGAGGGUGCUUCCAAAAGACGAAGCGAACGUCAUGGAACGCGCUAAUCAGAUCGUCAUGAAAAACAAAUCUUUCCGGCCAAGGGAACGCGGCAAAAAGGGUUUGAAAAAUCUACAAACCGUGAAGACACUCGCCGGGAGGACUCAGAGUUAUGGCACCGGGCCCGGAAAGGCCAGGAAACAGCCCAUGACCGUAUCUGCACAAUUCCAGCAGAGUUUACAUAGCCUGAUGGAUACUCUGAAUCAAGCUAAUCCUUUUUUCAUCAGGUGUAUCAAAAGCAAUGCUAAUAAAGUACCGAACGAAUUCGACGAGGAAACGGUGCAACGACAGUUGCGCUACACGGGAAUGUUGGAGACUGUCAGAAUAAGACAGGCUGGUUUCAACGUGCGACUAACGUACGAGGAAUUCAUACAGUUGUAUCGAAUGCUGCUUCCCAAAGGUCUUCUGAGCUCACAGUCCGACGUGAGGGAUUUCUUGUUCACUCUCAAUCUUAAUCGGGACAAUUACCAACUGGGCACUACAAAAGUCUUCCUUAGAGAAUCCGAAAAAAUCAAACUAGACAUUGAGCUACAUCAACAAAUCAUAACGAGCAUCACCACGAUACAGAAAUGGUUCCGCGCCUGCUUGGAGAGGAGGAAAUUCCUCCGGCUGAAGAAUGCCGUCGUGCAAAUACAAUCCUUCUGGAGAAUGGUCACCGCGCAGAGACUCGCUCAAGUGAUUCGCGCGAGAACUGAAGCGGCGUUGCACAUACAGACUGCUUGGAGAAUGUACAAACAGCACAGUUGGUUUAAGAAACUCAAGUUGUGCGUGAUUACUUUCCAAACAUAUGUCAGAGGCAACAAUGCCAGGAAGAGGUUCAAUGAAUUAAAGAAGCAAAAAAGGCCGGGUAAGCUUCAGGAAAUCAAAGAACCUCAAGAGUACAAGGAGCUUUGUUACCACCAUCUCAUAUAUGACCACAAAGUGUGCGCCAAAGAUCGAGACAGCGAAGAAUCGUUCACGGAAGAUCGCAGUCUGACGGAAUAUGGCGUGUCGCCUCGGAAAAUAGAAUCUCAGAACCGAUUGACGUCAGCAAGGGGCGAUAACGUACCUCGAGAAAGCGCAGUGGAUACGAGCAUCUCAUAUUCCAAACGGAAGCUCACACCAAACAAGCGAAUUCUACACGAACCAACGUUGAAGAGUACGGAAACGUAUCAUUCUGAUGAAAUCGCGGAACGCAAGAGCAGUCUGGAAAGUCUGACGAGCCUGAGGAGUUACGAAUCUCAAGCUAGCAUUAACAGCUCCGAAUCACAGGACAACUCGAGUUCGAAACCGAUACCGAGUACAAGGACAAAACGCGGCGACCAUUCGCCAGUAGUCGCGUCGAAUGUGAAUCUAAUAAACGCUUCUAGUCGACUCUCUUCGGUUAGCAGGAGAACCGACAGUUCCUCGACAGGAUAUAGCGACGGCGAGACCGAGAGCGAGACUCUCAAUGUGCAGAGCGCCCCGCCGGUCUUCAACACCAGUCCGCCGUUCCACAGUUCACGCGACAUGAAAUAUCAUUCCGCCAACGUGAACUUAACGCAUAGUCCGAGUUCAGAAAUUUGGCGCCGCAGAGUGGACUACUCGUCCGCCAAUUAUGGCGAUUAUUUCAUGUUGGUACCUCCGAAAGCGACCGUCACACGUUCCCCGAACGUGUCUCACUACAAGAGCGUUACCGAUAGCGUGUUCGAGCCAGCUCGGCAGCAAGAGAAGCCGAAUGAAGCGGCGAAUUUCAACGUCAAGCUCGAUACGAGCGAUCGUUUCUCACAAAUGGAGAGCUUGGCGAGUGCCAGACAACAGCGUAGACUCAGUGACAAUAGCGUACCUGACGAAAGAACGGAGAACGUCCCGAUAUCGCCGGCGAAGCGGGAUCAUAUGCACGGACCUAUAAAGAACGUUAAGGAUCUCGGUUACUUGCGGCGACAAAAUUCGGAAGGAGACACCGCGGCGAAGGUGGAUGUCGAAGACAGCGCUUUAAAAAGCUCUCUAUUGAGAGGUUCAUCCCCGAAGGAAAAGAACUCGCGAUUGAAGGAAAAACACGAGCCGGACGUGCCGGUGAGAAGCGCCAGGCGAAACAGACCAUCGAGGGAGGUCCAGUGUCGAUCCAUGGGCGAGAGCGUGUCCGAGGCGAACACCGAGACGCGAAAUCUGUUCCUCGGUACGAUCAAAGAGAGCGACCUAAACAAAACGUCGCAUGUGUGGUCCCGGAAAGAUUACCCACACGAAGCUACGUCCAGGUCCGUCACGGACUGGCCUAUCAAUAAGAACGAGGCUACGUACAAGGGACAACAACCUGGUAAACGCAUGAGAUCCAACGCGAUUACGACUCUCGAGUUACGAAGACGAAACUCGGAUCCGGCUACAAAAAUCUCGGGCCUGAGCGAAGACAAGAUAGGAUCGGACACUAGUCCCAAUGAUAUGAAACUCACGCCCAGCAUGAACCUUCUCGAAUGGAAGGGCAAUCUGUUCACUCUGGCCGGUCAUCGCUUUAGGAAAGUCGCGAGAUUCGCGAAGGACGACGUAUGUGUGUGUUGCUACGAGAAGAUGGACGCAUUCGUGACGCAGGGUUACAAAUGUAUCGACUGCAAGCAACUCUAUCAUGUGAAAUGCAUCCAGAACGGCGGAGUGCUAAAGAUGCCGUGUAUAUCGGCCAAUACACCUAACAGACGGAAAAACAGGAAACCACCGCGCACACCGUACGACACUACGAAGCAAACGGUGGCGUCUAAAUUCAGUUUGACCGGCACCUCUGCCUUCUCCGACAGCACGGACAAGAUCAUCUCCGAUGCGAAGGAGUUGGCACUGAUGCAAGACUUCAUUACCAAAAAGAUCUACAUAAUGGAAGGACAAGAGGAGGGACGGAAGCCAAGCGAAGUAGACCGCGUUUUCAAGCAGGCUCUCAGGAAGUUCAAGGAUGACCUGGUGAUCACGUACAGCGUCGCCAUUCAUCAACAAGGCGUGGAGGGCAACAUCAAGUAUACCGACUUGAUCGCCAACUUUCUUCACGUUAUGGAAACCGUCUGCAAGCAGGAGAACACGAGGGAGGAUUUCCCGGUAACGAUGGGUGUGAAUGCAUUCAGAGGCUUCAUGAAUGAAUUUAUGACGAUCGUUAAAACCGAAGCCCCCGAAAAGCAAAGCAAAAGCAAACGGAAGAAGGAGAAGAAGCGGAAACAAGAGGAACCCAUACGGCACGGCAAUCACAUGUUCCAAUUGACUAUUAUCAACAUACCAACCGCUUGCGAGGUCUGCACGUCCUUUUUCAUGUGGCCGAUCGAGCGAGGACUCGUUUGCCAAAAUUGCAAACUGACAUGUCAUAAAAAAUGCUACAUGAAGGCGGCGGCGGAGUGUGGCAAGGAAGGUUCGAUACCCGAAAGCAACUCGCGUAAGGUGUUCGGUGUACCUCUGUACAAACUAGACUGCGGUGACGGUAAAGUGCCGCUCGUGGUGGACCGUCUGAUCACGACGAUCGAGAUGCACGGUCUCUACACCGAGGGAAUAUACCGAAAGAGCGGCGUCAGUUCCAAAGUGAGGGAGCUCAAAAUGAAGAUGGACGAAGGCGAUUUGGAGAAAGUGGACUUCGAAAACUAUCAAGUGCAUGUGCUAGCUGCAGUGCUGAAGAGCUUCUUCAGAGACAUGCCAGAGCCGCUGUUGACCUACGAGUAUUACGACGACUUCCUGCACGCGGCCAACUUGACGGACCCGCAUGACAGGAUCAGCACGCUCUUCGCCAUACUGAAGAAGUUACCGAAGCCAAAUUUCGAUCUGAUGGAACGCCUGAUCGUCCAUCUGGCGCGAGUAGCGCGACACGAGGUGGACAACAGAAUGUCGCCGUCAGCUCUGGCCAUAGUCUUCGCACCGUGCAUCCUCCGGACGAACAGGACGUUGCCCGCGCAAGACUCCCUUCAAGACGUAGGUAGACAGACGCGUUGCGUCGAGACGAUCGUGCAGGAGAAAUUGCGGGUCGUCAGGGCGACGUUAGCGGACAUUAAUACUCUCGAGUCCGCCUGUCACACGGCGACCCAUAGACUGUCUAGUCUACGAUCGUCCAAGAUCUUCAGUCCGGAGGAAUUAAACGCGGCUAUCCCGAGCGUUGCGGGAAGAGUAGGUGCAAUGGAUCGCGACAGAGAUCGAGGGGACGAAGAAGAGGCGUUGCUCGUCGGCCACAUACAAGAGAUUCAGAAGGAAAAAGCUCUCUUGACAUCUACUCUACCUAGUUUAACGAGGGCUUCUUCGGACGAUGAUCUUCUCAUGUCAGGAGAUUUAGACGACGGAUCUCUCGACGAUCUUCUGCCGCCUUCCGCUGACGGACUCGUAAGGAAGAAGCCCAUACAAAGGCAGAGUUCGGCAGACAAUUCGUUUCCGACGAUUAUGAAUAUUGACGAGGACAUGGUAAUGGUAUAAACAUCGGUCGCGAGUAACGUUUUACGUGCGUUCUAAACGAUACAGUAGUGCGAAAGAUGGUGCGAGAUGGUGUCGUGCUUAGGGCAAAAAAUCAACGACUCCGAUUGCUAAAUGACUCGUGACUCAGCGAAUCAUUAGUGUUUUGACUCAUUAGUAGACGCAAUUCUAGAUAGUUCUCGUAAUUUGUUGACUCCGUAAAAAAGUUUAACUGUGCGACUGAAAUAAUUUCGUUCUCUUGUCGUCGAAGCCAGUAGAGAGAGAGAAAGAGAGAGAGAGAGAGAGAGAGAGAGAGAGAGAGAGAAAGAUGUCCGAUACGCUAAUCCCAUCGGUGUGUAUGCGUAUGUAUGUGUGUAUAUGUAUAUGGGUGGAUGGAUGAGUGAGUGCGUGCGUGCGAGAGAAAUGAGAACCGCACAAAUUUUACUUUCACCACCUGAAUUUUAUUCGCACACAAUGCAUUCCUCUUUUCAAAGACUGUAUAUUUAUCAAGUAUUCGUCAAGUAUUCAUCGAGUAUUUAGGCAAGCAUAAGUAUUCAUUGAGUAUUUCGGCACAACCUUUCGUUCGUCCAUAAUCAAUCGUCAAACAUUAGCGUUACUUACGCGCCGCUUUACACGUUUUAAAGAAACGAGGAAAAAAAAAGAUGAAAAAAAAGAUAGAAAAUAUUUUAAAAAAAGAAAAAAACUCGUGCCGCUUUUACAUGUAUUUUAAAAAAUUUCCUCUUUCGUCAAAGUCAGACUGAGAGAAUCACAUACCGAAAUGCUCGUUUUACAAAUUUACGUUCAUAAAAAAUGUAAUUUUCCUCACGAUCGAGUGUCGGAGAGCUUUCUCGUACGUGUAUAAUUUAUCGUUGCCUCUUUAUCGCGAUUCUCGGUAAAAAGAAAAAAAAAAAACAUGUAUUUCUUCCCCUUUUUUACGGAAAAAAUUGUUUUCUAACUUAUAUUGUGUGCGCAUGGAUGCGCCUGUUCCUUUAGAACUAUUUGUCUAGCGUUUAGUAAAUCUGUCGCUUCAAUCAUCUCUUCCCAUAGGAUCUACUUGUCACGUUUCGAGUAGAAUCGUUAAUCGUCUGCCUCGAAUUCCUGCAUGAUGUUUUAUUGUUUUCCGUUACGGUUGUUCCGAUGAAACAAUAGUUGGUUAAGGUGUCUUCUAAGUACUGACGCAGGGAUUUGAGGAACGACCAAGAGAGAAAGAGAGAGAGAAAGAAAAUGUGUGUGUAUGUGUUCUGUGUAAGUGAGGGAGUGAGUGCAUGUAUGAAUGAAUGAAUGAAUGAGAGCGUGCGCCUGUGUGUGAGAGAGAGGGAGAGAGAGAGACAAAGGGAGAUAGAGAAAAAGAGGAAACCAAAAUGUAGUUUGUACAUAUUAUGCAAUAUAACGAUUUCGUAAUAAUCUGUUAUUAUUGUUAAAUUUACGCGAGAGGCGUUAACAAGAUUAUAAUAUUUCUACUGUCGAUAUUCGUUGUAGGAAUUACAUGUCGAUAAUCUCGGGUCUCUGCCGGUCUUGGUUCGCCGAAUCAACCUUUAUUUGUUGCAUUUCCUUUCGCGUUUAGAAACGCCUAAGCAUAUGCAUAACACAAGUAAUAACAAAAAGAAAGAACAAACACACACACACACACACGCACAUACAGACAUACAUUAUUAGAUACGAGUACUUAUGUACAUACUCAAAUUCGCGCGCGAGGUUGAUCGAGCUACUUCGCCCGGAUUUUAUUGCAUUUUUCUUUUCCUUUUUCUUACCUUUUUUAUAGAUUUCAUAUUUAAUUUCUGUAUAUGUGUUCUACGUGUCUUAUAUUAUAGAUUUCUUAGAGGUCGACUGUUCUCCUUUUCCUUUUUCUCUCUCUUUCCUGUUUUUUUUUUUCUUUUCCUUUUUCUCCUCGUAGCUUUACCAUCACCACCUUUGUUCCCGCCGUCCGUUCGUAACGAAUUCGUAACUCGUGGCCGCUUCGCGACAGUCCGAACGCCCGGAGAAAUCGACCAUGGAGAAAGAAAAGGGGCGAAAGAGAUUUCGAUCUGGCGUAAUAGAAGUCUCUAUCCAAUAAGGUUAAUCAGAUCAGGCUCCCCACUUACGUACCGCAAACUUAAUUGAAUUUCCCCUCCGCGAAUUAAUAGUUACGCCUGAUGAUGAUCAUCCCGGAUAGAAUCGGUCAGUGAAUCGAAUUCACCUGCCUUCUCGUUUCUUCCUGCCACCCCGUCCUUCUCCCCCCUUCCCCCUUCCCCUACCCCUCCACUCGGGCAGCGCGGAGUUGGCGACCGUGAGAGGUGUAGCGAUAUUUUCGACAAACGCGGCGUACAGCGCGGAAUUCGUGUUACUGGCAUCGGAAUGACCCCCUGUGUGUAUAUUUUUAUAUCCCGCGUAUUCUCCCCACCGUAUUGAAUAUGUGUACAAUCACGACGUUGCACACCGGAACACGCAUAUACUCUUUAGACAUUCUCCGUUCUGCGUCCGUUCACCAAAGAUCCGCGUACAGUUAUUUUUCGUUCUUACGUCAAUCCGAUAUUCUUUUACACGUCGCGUGCAUUAUCCGUUUUUUUUUAAUAAUGAAGCGCCCUAUAUUUUUAAUUGCUUUCGUGUGUAUGCUCUGUGAAAGAAUGGAAUUAAUAUUUCUGUCCUUCCUCUCGGGUAGAUCGAUAGUAGAUACGUUUGCGCGACGAAUGAAUAUUUUAAGUGAACGCAUCGGCAAUCGAUAACGAGAUAAAAACUUCAUUUUCCGUUCAAUUAAAUCCCGUCUCUGAGUACUGGACCACGCGCGACUUUUAUCCGAGUAACUUAGUAUUAAGUCGAAUAAUGAAAAAGCAACAACGGACAGAAAGUGACAGAAAGAAUGUGAAUGAGAUAGAAAAAACCGGCAUUAUUCUACUCCGCUAUCUUCUCCUUCUCAGCUCGCGGAGCCCAUCCCCGUAUUACGCAUACCCCGUAUACGCAUUCGUUUCUUCGAUUUUCUUUUGUCCGUAUACGCAUUCGUUUCUUCGAUUUUCUUUGGUCCUUUUUAGAACAAUCGAUUCGGCGACGAUGAAUGUCCAAGCGAUUAUUGUCACGUUGAAACCUCGGUCCUCGAAACGUUUUAGAUAGUUCCCUGGAACGAGACGACUUUAAAUUGCCUUCUUACGAUCGAUAAGUUUUACGGAGUGUAGCGCUAAGACGUUUAAUCGUUAUGAAAUCGUCUUCUUCGUUUCGCGAGGGCCGGGUGGACAAGUUGUGUAGUGUUGUAAAUGUGUAACGUUACCUUUCUCUCAUCUAAACCAUGACAUCGUGCUCGCUCGCGCGCGCACACGAGCGCAAAAACGCUUACGACUUCGAGCGACACGGCAGGGUCUUAAGCGGAAGAAAUUUCGUGCACUGGAGGAUAUAUCGUGUCGAAAAAAUUAGAAAACCUCUCAACUCACAAGAUGCCAAUUUUACGGGAGAUUUCCCGAACGAUGCAGAAUCUCUCGGGACAAGUCGGGCGAAAUGCGAGUGUCUCGUCAAAAAUUCAAGUUGGGACGUUUCCUAAUUCGGCCGAUGAUAUAUUCCCGUUACGUCUGCCGGAUCCGGGCCCCUUCCUCCCCAGCAUGUGUAUGUCGUCCUCCGUUCGUGUUAUUAAUCGCGAGUGUUACAUGAUCGCUGGUUUCUCCGUCGUAUAUUACAUACAUUCGGUUCUCAGCCAACCGCGUGUUCGUGUUUGACUGUGCGUUUCUCAUAACUCGAGAUUAGUUCAGAAAGCGUGAAUUUUCUGGAUUAAUUAGUAGCGAUGAGGAGCGCGUAGCUCGAAACGAGUGUAGUUGGUCGAGCACGCUUAGUAAUCGAUCUGUCGAAUGAUAAGGCGACAUCGAUCGAUCGAUCGAAGCCGCGUGACUGAGCAGAGGGCGCUGUUGUAGCGGCGCGACAGCAUUUGCGCGGGCAUAUUCGGUCUUUUCGCGCCGGACAGCCGCCAUUGACACGUCGAUCGACAUCACUCCGCGAUUUGCGCGUCUUUUGCCCGUCGAAAGUGAGUCUCGCGGGGAAACAAGUGUCGGCAGUGUCGAGGAUGACGACGUGCGAUCGUCGGGACGUAUCGUGUGUGGGGACCUUAUUAGUAAGUAAUCUAUCUUCAUAUCUAUCUACAUGCAACCGAUACUUAUCGCGACGCGUCGAGCCGGCGUGUGUCUCUCACACUUACUCUUGCCAUUGAUUCAUUCAAGUAGUGACAGAGUCGGACGAUUGUCGUGUUUAUUCGUUGGGAAUUAGAAAUUUGGUGACAUAAGCAGAGGGAAAGAGAAGGACGAAAUGUAAGACGUGCGCGACGCCGAAUCUCGACCGGUAGCGUCGGUCUGUUAGCAAGAGAAAGAGAGAGAGAGAGAGAGAGAGAGGACUGUACAGAGAGUGUUCUUGUCGGACCGCGACAAUAUUUCCAUGCGUAUUUUCGGUCUUUGGCAUGCAUUGCGUGGCCAUUUUCAAUCUUCUCGAGCCGAGCAAUCGCCGUUUACACAUUGAUUCACGUCGCUUCGCGUUUUUCUGCUGUCCGUCGAAAACGUAAGUCUCAAACUAAUAUCGGGAGUAUCGAGGUUAACGCCGGGCGACCGUCAGCGCGUAUCGUGAGGACGUUAGUAGUAAGUGAUCUCCUGAUUUUUCUCCGCAUGCAACCGGUGCUUGUCGCGACAUGUCGAGCCGGAGUAUGUCUCUCACACUUGCUUUUGCCAUCGACUCGCUCGAGUAGUGAUAGAAUCGGACGAUUGUCGGACUUAUUAAUCGGGAAUUAGAAGUGCGGUGGUAGUGAGAGGGAUAGAUAGAUAGAUAGGUAAUAUGACGUCGUGUCUCUUUGUAAGUAGCGUCGAUCUGUUAGCAAGGACUCAGUCCGCGGAUACUUUACUGUUCGAUAGAUCGACAAUUACUAAAAAUGUUCGGCCAACCACGUUUGUUUCCAGUCACGCGCGUCUCUCAUCGCCAUUAGUUGAUCCAAAAGAUACCUACUUCCCAUUUUCUAAAUUAACAGUCGUGAGAAACACGUAGAUAGAAACGAAUGUGUCGAUAAGUUAUAGUAACCAUUAAUCAUCAAUUUAUCGCGAACGGUGAGGCACCCGCGGGACUGAGUGUACAUUAGAAAAUUUUUGAUGCGACUGUCUGUUGCUCUCCGCGUUUCCCAACACACGGUUGACUCAAAGAUUAAUUUUCCACGAUCUUUUAUUAUUAUUUUUUUUCUCUUGUGGGCUAGUCCGUCUUGUUACGCAUCGAGAUAUAUCGGAUUGUUGAUUUAUUUCUCGUGUCGUGGGUAUAAUAAUAUAAUCGAGUAUUCUAUUCUUCGAGGAUUUUAUUAGGAAAGAUAGAGCGAAAGUGUGUAUGUAUGUCUGUGUGUGUUUGAGUGAGUGAGACUGAGAGAAAAAAGAGAGAAAGAAGGACCGAGCGACGGUUACAUAAUAGAUAUUAAGUCGACGAGUUAUACUUUGGCGCGACAGAACUGGGUUAGUCGUAAGGAAACCUAAUUAUCGUUGUACAUGUAAAGUAAUCAUUUACGCAAAACGCAUACGCUUCUACCGUGGAAAGGUGCUUCGGCGAAUAUUGUCGUACGAAGCGACUGACGCAAGCUGCGACGCCGUUUAAGAAAGGGGGAACUUCCUCACACAGCUUCCCCCUGGUCCCCUUGUUCCGCGAAAAUCUCGAACGGCCGUGGAACAAUAAAAAUCUGCAAUAAAUCGGCGCACCAACGCGCGAGGUGUGAUCCAGGUUUCCACCGUGUCUAACUAGAAGUAAUUAAGAGCCCGCACCAAAUACUACACCUCCGCCGCGCUCGUUCGAGAUUUUCACGACCGCAGGUGUCUCGUCUGAUAAGGGUAGUAGAGAAAAAGAAUGGAAGAAAGAGAGAGAGAGGGGGGGGGGAGAAGAGAGACAGAGACACAGAGUCGAUUAAUCGCGAGGGCGGCGCGCAACAACUCUCUCAUGACAAUAUCGUCCCGCAAAAGAAACUCACAACCGAUAUCAUCCCCGCAGCUGCUGCAACGACGACAGUGAUUCUCCCGCUUUCCUCUUCUUCCUUCUCCUUCUUCCCCUCCUCCUCUUCCCUCUGCUUCUUUCCCGUGUAUGAGCAUCUCACUGAAUCACUCGUUUCGAUGAAGCAGCUCCUCUCGCACUACAAUCAAUCGCGACCUACGUCGACCUUACGUCGGGCCAUAUGGGAAUCGAGGCGGCAGCGAGCGGACGCGUCGUGUGACCGCCGAAACGCGGGGGAACAAUGUACGAACAAGGUGAUAUAGCACCUGGCCGAAUUUCCGAAAUACGCUUAUUACAAAUAUAGGUAGAGUACGCUCGCUGCCGCAAGUGUUGCGUGCGUGUUUACGUUGUGGCUGACGGUAGUGGCUGCGGUUGCGUGUGUGUCCGAUUCCCGUUCGCAACCGAGACACCCCCGUCGCGCGCGAUUGCGUCCCUCCCUCGUGACGACGGUCCCCCUUCGACCGUGACGAAGACCCACGUCGUGUUAAAAUUCGUCGCUCUGGGGGACGACGUGGUUAUAGUUACAUCUUGAAGUCGUAGCGCUAGUCCGCGAGUCGAUCAUGUAUCUGUCUUCUUCGCGUAAAUCUGUGGAAAGCGAAAGGUUCUAUUGAAUUUGUCAAUGAAGCGCAGGGAAUAGAUACAUGAUUCACGAUUCACAACUAAUGCUGUGUUAUUCAAGAAACGUAACUGCGAUCGCAUCGUAGACACGAUCCCUUAAGCCCGUGUCACACUACGGAUUGGAAAUUGAGAAUUGCGGAUUGAAGAUUAGAUUUCGACGAAUCAAUGCACUUUGGUCUUGGCCUGCUUAGAUCCAAUUGGUCAAGUUCCAAUCUUCAACUCGCAACCCUCUAUCUCCAAUCCGUAGUGUGACACGGGUUUUACGAUCGUCAGUAAGCGCGUCGCGGACUGUUUUGAGGACGGGCGGUUUCUCGAGGUCGACGUAUGUAGGUCCCAACUAUCACCCUCUUAAAAGAAAAAGAAAAGAAAAUCAAAGUCAGGCAGGAGGGAGAGACGAGUGAAGGCGACUCGAGGGGAUAGUAUGUACUUCUCGGUGAUCGCGCGCUGAAAUGUCGCGAUAUUAACGCGUCUUCCCGUUUGUAUCCUGGCGUGAAUCUAAACGGAUUAGCCGAGCAGGACGUCCGCCGUUCCCUCGAAUCAUCGAUAUCGUUAUUAAAGUAUAUUUGAUAUUGGUAAAUAUAUAUAUAUUUUUUUUAUAUUUUGUGCUUGUAUGUAUGUGAGAGAAAAGGAGAGAAAGGGGAGAAAGAGAGAGAGAGAGAAAGAGAGAUUCGCUUUAAUAAAGUUAAAAUAUUUUCGAUUAAUUCGCCUUCGUUAAUGUUCAGAAGAAUUACAGCGAGAUAAAGUGUACGAACAUAUUGCUUGUUAUACACUACACACAUGGGUAUAUACACAUAUAUACCCCUGGGAGUGUAUAUUAACAGCGAUAUGUUUAUCUCUGAUCUUGUGAACGAAUGAGUCUUCCUUAGCGAAAAUUUCAUUAGGUAUCGUUACUCGUUAUAAUCGUUUGACUCGCAGCGUUAUUGGAUGUUUCGACGAUUAGACCUCGGCUUAAUUUCCGCUAAGGAAAGAAUCACUUAAGAAUAACAACAGCAACAAAAGAAUAAGAUCUAUACGCGCUCCUUUUUGCAAGAUAACUCGUGUAUAAUACAUGCCGUUUAUUUCCUUUCGACGCAGAGCGAGCCUGUGUGUGUGUGUGUGUGAGAACAUAUAUAUAUUUAUACAUAUAUAUACAUAUAUAUAUAUCGCGAAUAAUACAAAUAAAAAUGAUAUAAAUAUAUACAUAUACAUAUAUGUAUAUAUGUAUGUGUGCGCGUGUGUACAUCUACGUAUCGUAGGAGUUCGCGAAAAGUUGUCGACGAACAGCAUCGUUUCUCGCGCGACGGCACGCGAGGAACGAUGCGAAUCACGUGUACGAUGGAGAUUAUAGACUUUUAUUCACGCGGGGAAGGGGGCAGAGCGGGAGAAUGUAAUUUCGGAGAAAAGAUACACGCGCGCGAGCGCAGAGGAGGCAGAAGGAAGCUGGUGGCGGAGAAGCGGAACAACAGCCGCGUUCGACUCGUUAGAAGUCUGAUUAGAAUCGUCCUUUGCCGUCCGUUCUCUCGUUCUUCCCACGCGAUUUUCACACUCGCUCUUGUACACUCGGUUAUUAGAGACGCAUCCCUGCCGUUGAAGUUGCAGCCCUCCAGGUUGCCACAACUGAGAGACGUCGCGUUUCACGCGUUCGCGCAAUAAACGUUAUUACGACAAAAGUCGAAGUGACAAUACAUGAGACAUCCGACGUCACACAGACGCAAGUUGUGACUACCAAGAGCGCCGCGGAUUCAUUGAGGGAAAUGUGCAUAAACCAUUAACAGCCGAGUGCACUGCUCUCCCCUCCUGUACACUUCAUUUUUGCGAUUCUUGAGAUGAAGAAAGCGAUCUUUAUCGUUAUUUUUUUUACUAUAUCGCGACGUUACGAUUUAGACGAGGAGGACUCGUGUGCGGAAUCGGUGGAUCUGGACCGAGGGAUAAAGUCGAAAUAUUCGCUCGCGCGAUCGUGUUUCGAACUUUCGUCUAGACUCAACUCUAUGUUUCGCACAUUCGCUCGUUUAUUCGCCUCUGUCCUUUUUUCUCUUUCUUCCUGCCUUUUUACGUCCGACCGCGCGCGUUCGCACCCUAAUAACCGAGAAUCAUGGUGGGCGAGAUAGCGUGAAACGGACCGGGACUACGGUUUUACGACGCGUAACACACCCACCUCUUCUUUCAUCCCGAGGGCCAUCGAUACUCGCGCCGAUCGACACUCGCGGGGAGCAGGGUUGUCAAGCGGUCGCAAUCGCGCGUAAUUACACGGAAAUUGAUACCUCAGCACCGCGAUCGACGAUAUACGCGGGCGAGAGAAAAGAGAGAAAGAGUGGGUGUACAUAGAGGGGUGUUAUUCGUCUCCGAGAACAAUUUCCGCGGACGGAACAAAGGACGUUUCUUCUCGCGCGCGCGCGUGUUUCCGCCCUCUUGGUUUGUUGUCGAUAUUAGAAUCCAAAGCGCGACGGAUCGAAGCGUGUUCGGAACAGACGCGCCGUAAAGAUGAAGGCUCAGAUUCGCGUUCGCGGACACAGGGCGAGAUCUUGUCGAGCCGAUCGCUUCGCGAUGAAAAGCCUUAUAACCGAUCGUUAAGGCCGACACAGGAGGAGGAUAACGGGGAGGAGGAAGAGAACAGAAAAAGAAGAGGAUGAAGAAACGGAAGAAGAAGGAGGUGGCUUGAACUCCUCGCUUCCUCCUCGCGCGGCGAAGGAGGACGAUCGAUCUCCGGUCUCCCGCGAGCAGACAAUCGAUCGUCUUCGAUUCGACGCGGACAAGCGCGUCCAGAUCAAAACUAGACGGAGAUUAAGAAUACGCGUUGAGGAGGAGGAGAGCGAGAGAACGCACUUGCGUGCGAGUGCGGCAAUGUAUCGAGGCGUGUGUAAGCGUGCGGGCAGCGUGUUAUAUGCUCUCACAUCUUUUCUUUCUUCUCAGUUCGAAGGUCUAACCGAUUUAGUCCGCGAGCCUGUACAACGUUUUACUUUGUGUAUGCUUGUUGUAUAUGUGCGCGUGUGUAUAUGAGUGUGUAUCUCGCGGCGUUCGCGUAGGUUGUGUGUGUGUGUGUGUGUGUGUGUGUGUGUGUGUGUGUGUGUGCGUGCGCGCGCGCGCGCGUGUGUGUGUAUGUAUAUGUACUCCGACGUGGGAGUGACGGUGAGCAAGGUUACUUCUCCGUGAUUGACUGUAAUUUUAUAUAAUAUUUGUAAGACAAAUGAAAUAUUAUGUACAGCAUACCUGACAGAGAGGGAGAGAAAGAGAGAGAAAGAUAAGAGUAAAUAAUAAGCAUCUACCUUAUAUCCAUAA